GUAUUCCACCAUGGUAGGUAGGGACCGGCCCGACCUGUCCUGUCCACUCCUUCCGCUAUCUGGUUUGCUUUCCGGAAAGCACAGAGCAACAUGGUUGGCAAGUCGGCAAUGACAAUGGAGGCUGUUGCCGUUUUGCUUUUCGUGGCUUGUGCCCGCUUGGUGAGCGCACUUUUGCCCACGACGACGACGCGUCGCAAAGACCUUUCGAGCAGGCUCGUUUAUUCCGGAGCGUCUCCGUCUCCAGACCGCGGUGCAUCCCCGUACUUUCCUCAAAUAACGGCCCGUUGCUUUGGAACGUUUCCAAGAUUACUGCAGAGCCCAGACACACAAAGACUACCGAGACGAGUCGUUUCGACAACCUUGUCGGCGAGUCGCACGACCAAUCAUCCACCGUCGAAGGCGUCCGUCGCCUCCAAUCGCUCCUCACGAGAGGAGCAUCUCGGAUUGUUUCUGCAACAUACGCAAGAAUCGCUGCGGAACGGCUCCUUUGUCUCGUUGACGCUUCACGGACCAUCCAAGAAAGUCCUGCAGCAACAGGUGACCGACGAAACCAGAGGAGCGAUUCGUUUGGUAGCGGGGCGACUCGUUCAAGUCAAACACGCCACUAAGCUACAAGUUACUAUCAAAUACCAUCUAGCGACGGAUAUUGUCAAAAACUGGGACUUGGACGUAGCUGGUGAGUGGAUGGAGGCUCUCUUUACCGCUUGGGCGAUGCCACGAAAUGGUGAACACGAUCGCACACGUUCGGAACGGAACCGUUUCGUCGCGGAAGCGGCAUCGGAAUGGGGGGACGAAGUCCUCUAUGCUGCGCCGGGAACACCCCUGGCUAUCCAGAGGGGAACUUUGGAAACGGUGACCACCAUUUGGGACCUGCAGGUGCAACACAAACUCAAAAAGCCUCGUCUCGUUUCGAAGCCGACACCGGAGCGCAACGGCAUCGAUGGCCCGUCGCAGACAUCCUUCGUGCCUCUGGCGCACGAUCGUGUCAAGCAAGGACCCGUCCCUACCAAAGCCGCAUUCUUGCAAGCACUGGGCGUCACUAACGAACACGGCAAACCACGGGCUGGAAUGGCCUCGAAACUACGUCAAUGUCAAAAGUUUGUCGAAAUUGUCCACCAGCACAUUCGACAGGCCUUACCAACCACGGAUACCCAAUCAUCCAUCGACGUUGUUGACAUGGGAUGCGGUCGCGGCUACUUGACCUUUGCACUCCACCACUUCCUUCGACAACAAUAUCAGACCGCCAAUGUUCAGAGUCGAGGUAUUGAUGUCCGACCGAAACUUGUGGACGAAAUCAACGGUAUUGCGCAAGCACUUGGUAAAGACAUGGAGGGUCUAGUGUUUGAACAGGGUACCAUUGAAAGCCAUUUGGCUAAAGCUAGGGCGCAAAGGCUUGCUAAGCCGGACACAAACGAUUCGCUGCGGGUUUCGAUUGCGCUACAUGCCUGCGAUACGGCAACGGACGAUGCGCUCUGGUCUGGAAUUAUGGGUGAUUCCCAUGUAAUUGUGGUAGCACCGUGUUGUCACCGACAAGUGCGACCCCAGCUCAAUCAACACGCCAACCAAAAUCCAUCCCAUGCACUAGGGGAUGUGCUGCGACACAACAUUUAUCGUGAGCGAAUGGCGGAAACGGUGACGGACUCGAUUCGAGCACUUCUCAUGGAGUUGGCCGGGUAUCAAGUUCAAGUUUUUGAAUUUAUCGGUGGUGAGCAUACCAGCAAGAACGUGAUGCUAACAGGUGUUAAAAGGCUUGACAGGUAUCCGACAAACGGAGACGCGGAGGACCUACGCCGGCGACUGCGAGAGCUGGCUUCCUUAUAUGGAAUUCACAAACACACGUUAGCUUCAUUUAUGGGGGAGAGUUUGCUACUGGAUGAUGCCUCACAGGCAUCAUUACCGCUCUCCAAAAAUCGCAUGCCACCUUUGUAGCAGACAUCUUUCGUACAUGGCGUCCGUUUUUGCAUUGUAAAUAUAGUUAAGAGCGCGUAUUCCGAAGUGAGCUUUUUCCUAGGCUUGACGUAUGUUCAUAUUCCAAGCUCUAGUGUCGCGCAAAUAUCAACGGCUCGCACUUUGUAGCAAGCGAUCUCAGCCGGCAACGUCCAACGCUAGUCGAAGUGUAUCUUCCGACCAUCCGUAUUCUCUGGCAUUAUCCAAAAGCGCUUGCCGUUUCUCGAGUCGGUCUAUCACUGGUAUGAGGGAGUCGUGCAAAGAAUCGUCGAGCUCGAUAGCGCGCUCGUAGUACUGUGUACUUUCCUUUAAUUUCCAAAGCUCCGAAAGAAUUUCACCAGCGCGAAGCCAUGCUGUCGCAUAGUUGGGCAAGAGCUCGGUGCCUCGCAACGAAUCCUGAGCAGCCUUGAGCAGAGACCACUGAUACAAGCCGUGCCGAUAUUGGGUGCGACGAAAUUGUUCCUCCUGGCGACUGCUUUCUUCCACGACACGUCUGAAAAUGGAGUUUGCCAACGAAGUAUCGAUUGACGCUUCUUCGUACAGAGUUUGCAGUUUGGGUGUAUCUGGAACCAUCAGAAUCAAAUCGUCCACGAUUUCUUUCAGUUGUUCUUUGUGAGACGCCGCACUUUUC